UCGAGCCCAAUUGAUCCGGUCACAUUGCAUGUGGACCUCACCGCACGAGAAAUCCAAUCGCUGAACGACCUUGCUUCUAGAGUCUUUCCUGCCGAAUUCAAAAAGAAAAAAAGGGACGGCCAUUCUCAUCUAGCAAAGCUCUUGAAGAAUAAAAAACUUCCGGAUGCUUUGUCGAGCCUUCUAGGCGCAUGGGAAGCUGACCCUAAUCGAAGGAUACUGUUUCCAGGCAGGGAAAAGGAGGAUCUCGAAAACUUUCUAAAGGAUCUCAAAAACAGACAACUCAACGACCGCCCUGCGUCGAUCAUCCUGCGCAAGGACGAGGCUAACCGACAAGGGAAGUUCUUGCGGGAAAGCAAGAUUUCGUCCUUGCUAUUUGCCAGGGAAAUCGUGGGGUCUCGUGGUUAUGGGUCGAUGAGAAGGCCACAGAACUUGGACAACGAAAUUCGAAAAUGCCGCGAAGAUGAGCUGGCUCUUCGAGCCGAGUGGGCAGGCGGUGCCGGGGAUAUCAUCACGAUUGUCUGGAUAUCAGAUGAUGGCUUCAUCUGUGGGACAACCGAACACUCUGACUCCCACAACCAGCAGUACAACAAACCCGGCAACUUGGUCCUGGGCUCUUGUAGCUUGAAGACUAUCAGAGCCUAUCCCGACCAUCGAAUUGUCCGGCCGAUCGUUGGGAGGGGCGAGAAUUCAACAGAUGCUAUGAGACAGAGCCAGGAUCCUUGGCUCUACUCUUCCGUGGUGUCUUCUGCAUACGACGCCAUUCAUGACAGGGCUUACACUUCUGGUUUUGAUUGUUGUGUGAAAGUCUGGAGGGCGGAACCAUCAGGCGCUUCGAUGAGUCUGUUAGGGGAGUGGAAGCAUGAAGGCAACGUGAAUUUUGUCAUUGCCUCCAAGCACAGCUCCGGCAUGGUGGCGACUGCUGCGGAUGUUGCUGCGGGUGCAGUGAGAGUGUACAAGAUCAACGAGGAGGAUAUCUCUGGAAGCCCUUUUGGUAGGCUUUAUUGCUCCCGCGUUACGGACGAGAGAGGAAACUUAGUGUCGACGGAAAAAUGGGCAUACUAUCCGGCAACUAUGCAAUGGGGUAUUUGCGAGGAGGUUCAGCAUUUGCUCCUGGUUGGGUAUUCUCCGCGUAGUCGAACCGGAGAUGACCUCGACAUCCCCGAGGACCGGAAAAACUCGGGCGAGCUUUGUUUGUGGGAUGGCCUUACGGGCAAAAGGCUCAACAUCUUGUCAGCGGAGAAGUCCAACGUCUUUGAGGUACUAUGGCAUCCAAACCAAGCAUCUUUCAUUGCAGCCACGUCGCCCUCGGGCUUGGAUCUGGAGCCCAAGACGAAGACACAAAUUCGAAUUUUUCGGCCCACCGAUCCCGCUGAAGAUGGGACCGCCCAAUUCUCAGCUAUCAAGGUGUUGGACUGCCCGGCUCUGGAUAUCAAUGAGCUGACGAUUAUGCCAAAUAGCCCAGCCUAUUGUUACGUCACCGCUGGGUGCACCAACGGCAAGGUGUACGUUUGGGAUACUGCUCCCGGCCGUGGUCUCGUUCACUUACUAGAGCAUGGCCAGCCAAUCGAUGAGUGUGAGGGUGAUCGAGAGAAAUACGAUGUGGGCGUGAAGUUCACGGCUUGGGGCACUUCACCUGACCGCUUCUACACCGGCUCGUCGGAUGGUGUGGUCAAAGUGUGGGACAUAAGGUCUUUCGAUAAACCACUUGUGAGAAUACUGCUUGAAGCACCAGCGCCUAUAGCUUGCGGCGUAUUUUCUCCAGACAAGUCAAGACUGGUCGUUGGCGACGCAAGUGGUCGAGUGUUUGUCCUAUCAGUCUACGAGGAGGACGAUAACCCGAAACCGAAAGACAAAAUCAAACUGCCCAACGGCAUGAUGCGGGAAGUUGAACGCCCGCAUCAAAUAAUUCCUCACCCAGAGCCCGAGCCCCCGGCUCAGGAUGCCGAAGGUCGGGCGCUCCCGCCGCCCGAGGUUGAGACGCCCUGGGCAAUCGCCAGGGCUUAUCUGGCGUCGGGACAGCUGGUUAUGCACCCUAAGCGCACCAUUGGGGCGGUGCAAGGCCCAAACUACUCGUCCACGGGGUUGUUCUGCGCUGAGGCACAUUUGAAUGGCGACCCCAACGCGCCGUUGUUGGGACAAUGGCUCUGCAAUCAACAAGAAGAGAAGGCGACAUCCCGUGGGAGCUCAUCUAGGAUACGCCACCUGUCCCUGAAGCCGAUCAGGGAGCAGCCGGGGCUUGGGGAGGUGCAUCUUCGGAAUAUGAGCAGGGAUGUUCUUAACUUGAACUCUUUGCCUGAGCAUACCAAGCGGGAGUUGGAACGGGAGGUGGAUUUUGAGUUGCUGGGAGAGUACACCUUGCCGUAUGAGGAGCUGCCUGAGAUGGAAGAGGGAGAUGGGGAUGAGGAUGAGGACGAGGAUAUGGAUGAGCUUUAG